AUGGUGUGCAAAAUUGAACACCAACUAAAAUUAUCAAGAUGGCGGGGCACAUUGGACGACAACUUUUGCAGGCACGACAGUCGUACGCAUCGCUUGUUAUCAUUAUAAAACGCCUUAAUAUACUUCCGCUUGAGAGGGCAGGAUGCAGACAGUUCUUCAGUUCCAGAUCAAUACAGAAUGAUGGCAGUCAAACUAUGGUGGAAACAGCUGACGGCAACACAAUCGUCUGUUAUCAUCCCACAGAGCCCUUUCCAUAUGAAAACACAAAGCCAAUGCCAAGACCAGACCCCUCCAAACCAGAGGAGGCAGUCGAUUCAAUCCUAAAGAUGAAAUUUGGCCAUGAGAGUUUCGAGAAAGAGAGACGAGGACCAAAUGUGCACGAGUUGGCAAAGAUGUUCUACACAACCAAGCACAGAUGGUAUCCACUGGGAAUUCGGAGAAGAAACAAAGUUGCCAGAAAUCCACCUAGAGACAGACCCUACCUCUGAUGUUAGUUCUGCCAGAACACCAGUUGAAUUUUUAAAAAAUUGCAAAAAAAAGAUAGCAGGGGUGCAAAAGCAUUCCGAUUCGGUGGAUACCAGGCACAGAGAGACAGUGGCAUUUGGUCUUGCAUUUACUGGCCCAGAUGAAAAUACCAAAAAGUUGGACAAUUUAUCAGUGGUUUCAGGAGUCAAUUUUUAGAGAAGGGGUAAAUAUCAUUUUUGAGACCAAGUCCCACUGUGGUAGAUUACAAAGUCGAGAACACGGCACAAAUUCCAAAGGUGAUGGGCUGGAGAGCACACUGAAGAACCUCGGAAGAUUGCGAAUUCUAGACACAAUUAACAAAGUGAAGGGUGACAAAGGAAUACUUUUGUUCCAUUCAUUUGAAUAGCUUGUGAAUUAGGUAGGACAUCUUGUGUUGGGCGUGUGAUGGUCCAAGAGGUUUUAACUACAAUCAGCCAGGUUAUUUUUGAAUUUUUUCCCCCUGUAUUUGCCUGUACAGUUUAAAACCACACUUGCUGACAAGGGAAAAAAUGAUGUACAUUUCUAGUGAAGAAGGAAUUUUAAACAAGAAAAGAUUAGUUCAGCAGAAUAAAUUGAAACCAGAAGAAACUGUGUAA